GAUCCGCACUACUGGCUAGUGAUCCUGGCCUUCAAAAGGAAAUAAGAGGGUCAUUUCUUUUCACUGUGGUUGCUUUGUGAUUCUGGCCCUCGCACUGAAAACUGGCCUAGAAGUUUUAACAACAUUUAUCUUAGAACUCUGUGUCUGAACUGGAGUGGACUACAGAGUUCUCCAGUCUUUUUUUUCCCCCCUCCUCUUUUCUGUUCCUUCUUUCUUGGGUUGUUUUUAGAAAACACACUCCACAGGUGAAAGCGAUUUUUCCACACUUAAGCUGCAACCUAUGGGCAGAGAGAAUGGGACUGGGGUCAGGGAUGUCCAGACACCUACUGUUUUCUUGAUUUCAGAGGAAGGUGUAUGGAACUUGACCUUCAUAAAGCCCUCUCUGGUUAACAUUCUUAGGAGUGGCUUGUGUACUGAAAUAAGCUGGUCCACAGAUAGCAUUUCAUUUGUCAGAAAAGAGUUAAGCAAUAACUGUGGUCAUGCAGAAAAUUACUGCUGAGAUGAGACAGAUAUCUGUAAUAGUUUGGACUUUUUCACUUGUAUUUUCAACAGGGGAGCUAAUGAAUAUCAAAAGUGACAUCUUGGUCGUUUUUGGGUUUUGGUUCUGAGAGGCUAAAUUGAUGAAGUUAUAGUUGUUUUUGUCCAAAUAUUUUUGCGCCAGUAAAAAGUCCAAAUGUAGCUUUCUGAUUUUGUUUUAUUUUUUAACUGAAUAAUUGCCUUAAAAUUAUUUAUAUCUCAAUGAGCUUCUCCUACCUUAAAAUCCUUCUGCUUUCCUGCUGGUAAAUAUUUGAGUUGGAUUUCAGAACAGAAAUAGGAUUUUUCCAUCUUCCAAGUUAUUUGGACUCUGUUUAGUUCUAUAUUUAGGUUUACCCCAGGUUUUGAUUUCAGCUGAUAAACCUUUGACCCAAAUCCAAAUCUUAGCCAAAUUUACUUUCAGCUUAAAAACAGAAGAAACCACCUCGUGUUACAUGACUUCUAGCAGAUCCCAAAAGGGGCCAUGUUCUGUUUUUUCAUGAGAGCUUCCCACUGAGGGUUUUGAAAUGUUAAGAUAUUAUCAGACACAUGUGCCUUAUUAUCUCUAUAUUACUGCCCAAAGCCAGUCAUGGCCGGAGGAUUGUCACUGACAUUUGCUCAGCGUAACAUGUGAUGUUAGCAACCAAAUCAGAAUGCAUUUCCUCGUUUUCAGUUGUGCAGCUUCUGCCAGAUGUCAGCACAUUAUCUCUGAGGAGCCUGGGGUAAUGAACACAGCCAUAUUUAAAUGGAAGAUUUUUAGGUGUUUCAGUAAAGGCAGGGUUUUGGUAAUGUUCUGUAGUAGCAAUGCAGACAUAUACACAGAACUAUGUAGAGGAAGAAAUGUUCCAGUAAAGGCAAUGUUUUAGUACAGUGCUAUAGUAGUAAUACAGACAUCUACGCGAAAUGACCCAAUGCCCUUUUCUUAGGGUGCAUCCUCUGUUUUUCUGGUUUUGGUCUUUUCGUCAUAGGAUGGCAUUAGCUCUGUGUCUGCAGGUGCUGUGCAGUCUGUGUGGCUGGCUCUCACUCUACACUUCUUUCUGCCACCUGAAUAAGCACCGAAGCUAUGAGUGGAGCUGCCGGCUGGUGACACUGACCCAUGGAGUGCUCUCCAUAGGCCUCUCGGCUUAUAUUGGCUUCAUUGAUGGCCCAUGGCCUUUCACGCACGCAGGAUCACCCAACACGCCUCUUCAAGUUCAUGUUCUGUGUCUCACCCUGGGCUACUUCAUCUUUGACUUGGGUUGGUGCAUCUACUUCCGGUCUGAGGGUCCCCUGAUGCUGGCUCACCACACACUGAGCAUCUUGGGCAUCAUCAUGGCCCUAGUGCUUGGGGAGUCGGGCACGGAGGUCAAUGCGGUCCUCUUUGGAAGUGAGAUCACCAACCCUUUGCUGCAGAUACGCUGGUUUCUCCGUGAAACGGGGCACUAUCACAGUUUCACUGGAGAUGUGGUGGACUUCCUCUUCGUGGCUCUGUUCACUGGAGUGAGGAUUGGUGUAGGAGCUCACCUCCUUUUCUGUGAAAUGGUUUCACCCACGCCUAAGUGGUUUGUGAAGGUUGGGGGAGUAGCGAUGUAUGCCGUUUCUUGGUGUUUUAUGUUUAGUAUCUGGCGCUUUGCGUGGAAGAAAAGCAUCAAAAAGUACCACGCGUGGAGAAGCAGGCGAAGUGACGAGCGGCAGCUGAAGCAUAAUGGACAUCUCAAGAUACACUAGCCAAGGCUUGCUCCACGUGGCAGAACAGGUGAAGUAAGCUAUGGGAACCAGGACUGUUACAGAAUCAUGCUAUCACACAUUUAGGUUUCCUAAAAGGGCUAAAAUUAUUGAUCACUUUGGUCAGUCUUCAAGCCGAGCAUACAGUAUUAAAACACUGGCUUCCACAGUGACACGGUUGUCUAAAGUGAGAAUGGUCAGUGACAGCUGGGAGUGGUCAGCGCUCUGAGGUGAGAACUCUUGGCAUUCCUGUUUGUGUCUGGUGACCCUAGAUCCUCUCGUCCCAGGAAGGCGUGAUACACAGACAGCUUUAAAAGUAACCUGAAAAAAAUAAGUGUGGCUUCAUUUCCCUUUGAAAAGUGACUCCUUCAGGGUGUACUUGUUCCUGCUUCCCACGUAGCAAUCUGUGCAACUUUACUACACGAUCUGUUAAGUGAGGGACUUGGAGGAAGAACAUGCCUUUGACAUGCCGAACAUGAGCUCAGGAAGUUGAAUCUGCUUUAAAAAGGAGAAUGUUUGUAUCGACUGUGUCAUAGGUUCCUGAGACACACCCAGUCCCACGGUUCGCUUGCAAAAUUUAUAGAAUACACCGAAUACUCUUACAGCUUUGAUCUAUGGUAGUGAAAGGACACAAAGGAAAAUCAGCAAAGGGGAAAAGGCACUAGGAGCAAAGUCCCAGUGAAACCAAGCACAAACUUCUGGAGUCCUCUGCCAUUUGGAUCCCACAGGAUGUGCUUAAUGCUUCUGGCAGUGACUUCUGACAAUGCAUGAAAGGUUACCUACCAGGGAAAGUCAUUAAGGACUUGGUGCCCAAGUUUUGUGUUGGGGACAGGUCAUCCAGGCAGCCUCUGUGGCACAUAGCAAAAUUUGAGACUCCCAGCAGGAAGGCAGGCGUUCACCAUAAGCCAUAUUGUUUGCCCAGACAGUUUAGGUGCAGUUGCCAGUUCUAUCAGUUAAUGCCAGGAGCCCUUCCCACCCUUUGGAAAUCUUAGUUCUCAGAUGCCAGCCAUGGGCCAACCUUGCAAGCAGUCCUGUCCAAGGAUGGCAGUUCAGGCCUGCUACAUUAACUCUUUUCUUACAAAAAUCAUACAGCUAGGGCUUUGGAUGCAAGAUGAAUGAAGUGUGGGUAGAUUUACCGAGUCCUGUUGUACGGGUUCUGCCCUACCAGGAAAGCUAUGCCAGUUCUCAGGGCUUUUGUGCAUUAAUCUCCUAGGCAUGAGAGGCCAUGACUGAAUUCCGUAGGGAUUUACCAUGUGGAUUCCACUGUGCUCGAAAUGGGAGUUCAGGUUGCAACUUGGCUGGACAUAUUGCAAACUAGAACCAAAGAUUUUAGUGUGGGCCCUGGUCUCAGGGUGAUGAGGCAACUUUUUAAAAUUCUUUUUUUUGUAAAUUUCAGAUACAUUCCCUUUUAGUACACUUACUACCUUUUCUCCUUUCUCUAAAAUAGUGCAUGUCUUUAAAGGCAAACUCGUAUGACAAGGCCAGUCUUGAAAGACAAAAAAAAAUUUUCUUAGUUUGACAGUCUCUAAUCUCAUGUUAGAAGCCUAGAACAAAGGGUUAGGGGUUAAGUUUUUUUGGUCUUUUUGAGAUAGGGUCUUGCUGUGCGGUUCAGGCUGGCCUAGGGUUCACUUUGUAGCCCUGGCUGGUCUCCAACUCACAAUGAUCCUACUGCCUCAGCCCCUCUGAGUGCUGGGGUUACAGGAGUCCAUCACCAUGCCCAGCUAGAUUCUGGAUUUUUUAAGCUAAUUUUGCUAUUCACUUGCCAGAUCAUUGGGUCAGUUCACUUGUUUACUGUGUUCUAAACCUGUUGUGAAUGAAUGAAAUACCAUUUUCUAUUUCAUGGAGAUACGUGGCAUUCUGUUAAUGGAUAACUUUAACGCAAUGCUUUUAUGAGAAAAUGAAGUAUUGCUUAUUUAUUCAUUGUUUCUUUAUUUAUUUUUGCCAUGUUUUUCAGAACAGUGGUGACUGGUUAGCUCAGUUGAUAUGCAAGCAAAAGGUGCAAUAGAAAUCAAGACAAAUGAUCAGUAGCAAGUCCCAUUCCACUCUAUGGUCACUGGUGUUACUAAUGAGUGACCUUGAGAAUGGAUGUCACUGGCUACAGAGACAAAGCUUGAGAGAGUGAUUGGAGCCACAUAAAGUCAUUUCUGCAAAAGGAAAAGCAACUUGAAAAGCAUGUUAACUUUUUUUUUUUUUUAAGAUGCCUGUCAUUUAGUUAAAUAGUUUUGCAGGGCAUUAAAAUAAUGUGCAGCAGAUACAGCGUCUCCACCUCUAUUUCUAUGAUUAGUGUCCCUAAAAUGCUGAUGAGCUUCUUUCCAGCAAAACUGUGGGCAAACUAGGAUGUUGAAGAAUGCUGAUUUCGGCAAAAGCCUAGUAGAAAAGAGUGGCUUGGCACAUGAGCUUAAGGAAAAAGAAAAGAAACGAGAUGAAAUAAAAAGGAAAGAAAGAGCUGGCUCUUGAAUUUUGGCACACUGCAACCUGUUCCAUACCAGACAAAUGAACAGGCUUAAUCUGGUACCAAUUCUUUCCUCUGUACCCCUCAGAAGUGAAGGGAUUGCAGCUCUUGCUAUUCAAGGCACUCAAGGUAAUGUAUGAAUGUAUGUAGUUUUUUUUUUUAAGAUGAGAAACCUGCAUAAAUGAUAACAGGAAGGGAAUCCCUCAUUUCAGCUUUUCUUGAUAUUGUAGCUAAUAACUACAAAGAAACUUCUCUGAGAGAAUAAUGUGGAAUGAAGAUGACUCAUCAGUAAGAUGUUGACAUUUUACAUCACAAGUAAAUGAAGGGCUAAUUAACCUGUGUUCUGGCUGGAAAAAUAAAAUAUUCAUUUGCAUAUGGAUUACUAUGUAAUACUAGCUAACUUUGUUGAAGGAUUUAUAUUUCAAUAUGAUUUGUACUAAAUUUUAUAAAAAUAAAACAACUUUUUAUAAAUCCAAA